CACCCAAUCCACUUCCACCAUUCAAACUCUCCAUUUAGUCCUCACAUUCUCUUCUCUUUCCCAUGGCCACGGCCGAAACCAAAAUCAAAGGCAUGAAAAUAGAACAUCCAAAACCCAAAACCUCCCUUUGUCUAUGUUGCUUCGGAUCAUUUCACAGUAAAACUCCAACAACAGGAUCUGAACACAAGGCAAAACAAAAGAGUGGAAGCAGUAGCUGGUUUCCAUGGCAAAGGAUUAGAUUUCGAGUGAAGAACUCAAUGGCCAAAACAGUUCCCCUUGAAGGCUCUGAGUUUCAUGAGAUAGACAAGCUCAAGCUCAAGCUCAAACUCAAAGAUAACAAAGUUCAUUCAUCAAGGUGGAAGUGGAAGUCAAAGUCAAAGUCAGACUUACUCAGCAAGAGUCAAAGCAACUCCACACCCAGUCAAACACCCUCAAAGUCACAGAAAAACAGAGGAAACAAUAUAGCGGGUUACACGCGUCAACAAAGUAAGACAUCAUCUCCCGGAAAAGUUGUCCCACACGCGGUUUCUCUCCAAGCUUGGACAUGGAAACAGGGCAAACACAAACAGCUUCAGAACGCAGAGAGGUAUAAUCCUGUGAUUGUUGCUGCGUCGUUGGUUGUGAUAACUUUGGUAUCAAUGAUAGUGUGGGGUCGUUUGUGUUCCAUCAUUUGCACCACCGCUUGGCCCUAUCUCAUCCCCACCUUGGCUAAACUGCUCAAAACGACAAACAGGAUUCCAUUAGUGUUUCAAACGACUUGGUUUUGGAUUCCAACAUGGACAAGAAUAAAGUCAUCCCAUGAUGUAGCAAUUUCACUUUAAAUCAAAAGUACUACUACCACAGAAGAUGGACAAGAAGAAACUCAAUUUUGAGAAAAUCAACUGUAUAUAUAUUGCAUGUUUUUGCAAAAUAAAUCUCAUCAACUGUCAAUAUUAUUAUUUACUUUACUUCUA